UGAUGAUGAAGCAAAAAGGCCCUCGAAAUAUUUUAUAGCAAACAAGUGCUUAUCUUCAACCAAGAAAAGUCUUGGUAAAGAAUCUUUUGUUGAAAUAAACAGAAGUUAUUACAUUGUGAAACUUGUAUUAAACAGGUCUGAGUUUUUAUUUCAAUCACGACUAUGAGCAAAAAAACAGAAAAUGUAUCUAUUGACGAUGCUCUUGCCGAAACAGGUUACGGAAAAUUCAAUUACUUUGUCAUUGUGAUAUCUGGAAUGAUUUUGAUAAAUGUGAUCCUGGAAUGUACCGGAUUAUGUUUUGUUUUACCUGUUAUCAAUUGUGAUAUGGACUUGUCUUAUCAAAAGAAAGGAAUUUUGGGUGCUGUUAGUUUUUUGGGAAUGAUUUGCAGUUCACAUUUGUGGGGUUUCUUAGCUGACACAACUGGACGAAGAAACGUUAUAAGACCUACAUUGAUUGCUGGAUAUCUUGUGACAGUGAUGUCAAGUUUUUCUCCAAACUUUUGGACUCUCACUAUUCUUCGAUUUGUUAAUGGAUUUCUAUUGUCUGCAGGUUCCGCAACUGUUUUUGCUUACCUUGGAGAAUUCCAUUGCAACUACUUAAGAAACCGGGCUCUUAUGUCUUCAGCUUUUAUAUCAGCAGCUUCAGCUAUUUUCUUUCCCUUAUCGGCUUGGGCUGUUAUAAAUCAAAAUUGGUCAUUCGAAAUACCAAUUAUCCACUUAACUUAUACACCAUGGAGAAUGUAUAUACUUUUAGUUGGAACACCGGGUUUGAUUUGUGGAUUGAGUCUUUUCUUUUUACCUGAGAGUCCAAAAUAUUUGUUAUCUAUUGGUAAGGAAAAAGCUGCUAUGGAAAUAUUGAGAAAAAUAUAUUCAAUCAAUACUGGGAAAAGUCGUAAUAGUUUCAAUACCUGA